GCUUUGUUGACGAUUUGUUGCUUCCUUAAAUACGUCGAAGAACUCACAGUGACAUCAUUAUUACUGCUUGAAUGAUUUCAGCCCCACUUCUUAUAUACAGCCAUAAAACCAUUUUCUCCUAAUGUCUCUCAUAAGUGAUGGGCUGAACUCAUUAACAAACAUGACGUUCAUAGAACAUAUGAAGGAAACAUUGGAAUCUGGUGAUCCCAUUGUUAGAAGAUGGCCAAUGGUUGAGACCAACUAUUUACCUUUUCUGUACAGUUUUCUGUACGUAAUUUUCGUCACAAAGGUAGGACCAUCUUUGAUGAAAAAUAGGAAACCCUUCGAACUGCGUUACCUUAUGAUUGCUUACAACUUUGCCCUUGUAACUAUAUAUUUUGUUUGUGUCUCAGCGUUAAUUUACAUGUUCUUCACGACUGAUGCUUACUACAGAGUGUGUUAUCCGACAGAAAUCAAAAGAUACCAUUAUACAUAUUAUGCAGCAACAGCUGGUUGGAUUAUAUACAUAUUAAAAUAUGUGGAAUAUGCAGAUACGAUAUUUUUUGUACUGCGAAAGAAAAACCAUCUCAUUACAAAUCUUCAUGUUAUCCAUCAUGCAAUCCUACCCAUCCUGGGUUGGAUUCUGUUCAGAUCGGAAAGAAGUGGUUUCCAAUUUGUGCCUGGAGUCACCAAUUCCAUUGUGCACAUAGUGAUGUAUACCUACUAUGGGCUGGCUGCCAUAGGACCAGAAGUCCAAAAACAUUUGUGGUGGAAAGAAUACCUUACCAGAAUGCAAAUACUGCAGUUUAUAGUGAUUAUCCUCUUCGUGACAGUGAUUUUACCCAUUACCGGAUGUACACCAACUAAGCAUGGAAUCUAUAUUGACAUAGCCUUUGCUCUCAUCUUCUUAAGUUUGUUUAUCAAUUUUUACACAAAGACAUACAAGAAAUCUUUGGAUAAAAGUGGAGAUUCUUUUGCAUCGAGAUUGAAAAGCAAAACUUCAAAAGCACAAUAAUAAGGGACUUUAGUGAAGUAAUUAAACAUAUAUUUUUUUUAUUCACAGCGUAUAUUACGUACUAUAAAAGGCCAUGUAUAACAGGCAUUAGUAAAAAUCGUUUUAAGAUGGUUAAAUUCUUACAAAUUCUUCUCUCCAAAAGGUAUAUAUAUAUAUAUAACAGUUACGGUUUCAGAAGAAAAAUUUUAUUUUCUCCUAUGAAAUAUUCUUGGCAUGUAUAUCUUUCGUGGAAAUUUUCCGUUAUGUAUGUUUUUACCAUGGCAUUUUUCUGAUUGUUAUAUAUAUAUAUAUAUAUUCUAUCGUAUUUUUCUAAUUUUUGAUUUUGUAAUGAAUGAAAUAGAUAAAAUUAUUCUUCUGUAAAUUCUUCCAACUGUUAUAUACGCCUUUCAUGAGAAAUCUUCUAUUAUAGAUUUCUCCCAUGCCUUUUUUCUAUAUAGCAUAUGUUUCUAUUAUUGCAUUUUUCUGAUUCUCACUAUUGAAAGCACUGAAAAUAGAUUUUCGGUAAACACACAUGAGUUACAUAAAAUAAAUUACAAUUUUUGAGAUAUUUUAUCUCUAUGCUUAGAAACGGGAAUAUGAGAAAAUAAGAAUUAUAGAAUUGUUUUAAAUGCUAUGAUUUUGCAAUCACUGUUUAUGAUCAUAAACAUUCAAAAGAUUUUUAAUUGUUACAACUGUGUAUAUUUUAUAAAU